CCAAUAAGACGGCAUUUUUAAAUGAAAUGAAACGCUACAAAAUCUUAUAGUUAGAAAAUUAGCCACAUUUAUAACAUUUUUAGGAUUGUUUGGUUUUUCUCAACAAAUACGUCGAAUUACUGAUUUACAGACACGAAAAUCAUAAUUUGUUGCUUGAAGUCCACUAGAUUGUGAAUUACGCCUUUGACAAUAUUUAAAUGAGAGUCGAAAGAUUCCCUUAGCCUAUCACUCUCCGUCAAAUAUAAAAAGUUUCGAAAGGUUCGUAUUUUAGCACACUGUUUGUUUGUUUGCGCUUUUAAUUCUUGAGCGCGAAAGCAUUAGCUGACCGCAUAUUCUUUCAGACUAAACAGCAAAAUCAGGUCUGACCUGGUAAACAAUAUUAGACUCGAAUUAUUUAACACCACGGCUCAUUUUGAUUGAACCCUCCAGCCAGGCCACACUCUCUAGCCAUGCCGCUUUGCAAAGUUAGCUUUCUCAUCAUCAUCCUCAACGCGUCAAUCGCAUUUCAGGUUUGUAGAGCGGUACCGACUGUAAAUCGCGAUAGGAACCCUCUUAGGUACGACCUGCUGAAGACACUCCCUUUGAAAAGCACGCCAAAGCCUUAUCCUGCGAUGGAAGUAGGUCUCGUCAGGCCAGUGGAAAGGUUUUUCGACCUGAUUAGAACCAGGAUGGCGCUCAGAAGAAAACUAAAUCCUUCCCUACCAAACUUCGCUGCCAGAAUGUCAGAGGGCGAGCGAUCGACACGCGUGCAGCGCGCCUUCGACAACGUGUCCAACUUCGUCCACUUGGUCGGCGACAUCGACUCUUUCCUCGCCGACCGCGCCCGUUCCGUUGUGCGAAGGCUGAAUGCCAUGUUCAGCGAAGAGGAUCGCCACCGAAGAGAGAUGGGUCAGUGAGCUGAUGAUUAUUCUAAUUGCUUCAAUUUGUGUCACAUGAGGGCCCCCACUCACGAACUAAUAAAUCGUUGUUUUUGCAAUCCAA